AAAACAGCAGCAACUGGAGAAGUACAGAGACAGUCAGAGUGUCCCGGAACAGAGAGAGAGAGAGAGCAAGUUAAGGAUAUUCCAGCCCCAGAUCCCGGAACUAUAGCAGGAAACGGUUCCGCAAUUUCUGACUAACUGCAACGAUUCUUUCCGUCUUUAAUGGUCGUUCCGUGUUUGAGAAGCGACUGGGAGGAGGAACCGGAGGAGGAUAUCAGGGCGAUUUACUGAUCUUUAAAAAUCAAUUAUUGAUUUGAACUUUACUCCAUUACAGUCUGAGUAAUUAAUUGUGACAUUUCACUCUCGCCCUGUUGCUGCUCUGACUAAAGGACAUUGAUUGGAAAGUUAUAGAUUCAAGUCUCUCGCUGCUACCUUCAGCGUUUUGUCCACUGAGAGGAUCGGCUUGUCCGCCAGCCCCCGCACUUCAGGAUCUCACCGUUGAUCUUAAUCGAUGGGGGGAGAUAUUCGGCCUUGGUCUUUUCCGGGUGUUUAAUGGACGACCUAUUUUAUCAUAAGCUUUGGAGAAGGAAUCGGCAAUGAACUGGAGUAAGAAGAGCAGCAGCCUUGAUAAGUAGGACUUGAUGUUGGUGUCUGUUUUAAUUGAUGGACUCUGUUCACGUUCUGUCAAAUGAGAGCAGGCAGAAGACAUUGAGUUACCAUGGCAUCACUCAGCGAAGAGGAGGGUGACAUUGGAAACUGGCUAGCCACCAUCCACUUGGAAAAGUACAGAGAAAAUUUCAUUCAGAAUGGAUUUUACACACCCAAGGAUUCUGUACAUUUUAACAAUGAAGCUCUUCUUCAGAUUGGCAUCAAAGCCACUGGGCAUCGGAAACGCAUCUUAAAACUUGCACAGCAGCGAAGCUUGACACCGAAUGAUGAGCUUUUGAACAGCAUCUCUGAUGAGUUUGAUGGUGACAAUCAAAUAUUAGAGAGGUCAAGAACUGUCAGCGAUGGGAAAGAUAAUUUAAAUGUUGGUGAGGUUGAGGUUGCUGAACCAGGGGAACUGGUGAUAAAACCUAUUCCCAAGCCACGGACAUCACUGAAUAAGCAGUCUUCGAUCCCCAAAUCUCAAACAGAAACAGGACUAGUAUCAGGACAUAAUCCUAAUCAGAUCCUGUCAUUGGAAGAUUUUACUCCUAGUGAAAUAGAUAGAGAUAAAACUGAUUUGAUAGAGAGGGAACACACAUCAAGUGAGAAAUGUACAGUUAGUACUCCAUCUGAGGAGGUGAUUCCCAAGGCAGAGGAGAAGGUCCCUCCUGUCCCACCACGAAACAAUCGCGGGAAACCCCCUGCCCAUUUCAUGAUGGCAAGUGCUCUAACCAGCUAUGAUCCUGACCAGUCUGGGACUCGGUCUCUACCUUCUAUCUCCAAGUUUGCUGAAAAUUUGCAGGAUAUGCAGUUUCUCUCAAGUGUCUCCUCACACUCCCUUCCCCCGAUUCCUUUAGCGGAUACGACGUUUACAGGAGAAAUGAUUUGUAAUAAACUUUACACUGCAGUAACAGCUUCACCGGAGAGGAAUCGGAGUCAGUCCUUUUCUAUUUCCACUGGGGAGUCAUUAAGCAGAAGGCCAGUCCCAGAGCUACCAAACACAUUGACCAGACCUGAUACAGCAUCGCUUCCACCAAAGAAAAGGCAGCAUCUGGAAAAGCAUUCUGAAAAGGGUACUGCCCAGAAACCAUUACAGAUGGAAGUCAACAACACAAUGGCUUACUCAACAAUAGGAGAGAUUCAAACAAGCAACAGCAGCACAUUUGAACCCUCGUUCUAUUUCACAGAAGAAACUGAGGAUGAUUUAACGAUAUCGCCAUAUGCCAGUUUCCAUGUUGUGCCCGAACAAGGAAAAAAUAUGAAAUGCGAUUGGUUAGAGAAGCUCUCACCACAGGGAAGUUACGUAUUCCAGAAGCGUUAUGUGAAGUUUGAUGGGAAGUGCCUGAUGUAUUUCAGUAAUGAGAAGGACCCAUACCCUAAAGGAGUGAUCCCUUUGACUGUAAUGCAGAUGGCAAGAGCAGCAAAGGAAAAUAAGUUUGAAGUAGUCACAAGCCAUAGAAUCUAUGUUUUUAGGGCAGAGAAUGAAGUGCAGAGAAAUGAGUGGUGUACACACUUGCAGAACGCAGUCAAGGAGCAUCACUUCUCGUCCCCUCGACGGAGUGGACCAAUGGCUUUCUGGCAGAAGUUUGGUUGCUUGGAGCUGAAGGGAUACAAAUCGAAAGUGUACACUGCCCUCAACACCAACGUCCUAUGGCUACACAAAAACGAACAGAGUUUUAAAACUGGUAUUGCAAUCACAAUGAUUGAAUUAGAGGGAGCCACGAUUCGUGAUGGCAAUCGUAAGAGCUUUGAAUUAAUCACUCCUUUUAAAACCUUCAGUUUCACAGCAGAAUCUGAACGAGAGAAGAAAGAAUGGGUUGAGGCACUUCAGGACUCGAUUGCCGAAACUCUGUCUGAUUAUGAGGUGGCUGAGAAGAUCUGGUCGAACAAAUCCAACAAAGUAUGUGCAGACUGCAAAGCGCUGAAUCCUGAUUGGGCAUCCAUUAAUCUCUGUGUUAUUAUCUGUAAGAGAUGUGCAGGUGUACAUCGGGGCUUAGGUACAACGAUCUCAAAAGUACAAAGUCUGAAAUUGGACACAAGUAUAUGGACCAAUGAAAUUGUACAGCUCUUCCUUCAGUUAGGUAAUGAGAAAGCAAAUAGGUUCUGGGCAGCUCGAGUGACUCCGGGAGAGGAGCUGGAUACAGAUGCCACAAUUGAGAGACGGAGGGAAUUCAUUUCGCUAAAAUAUAGAGAUGGCAUUUACAGACAAUAUCAUCCUAAAUUUGCAAUGCAGGAGGAGGUGAUUAAGGCACUUUGUUCAGCUGUAAGCAAUCCCAAUCUCCUGCAGACAGUGACUCAGAUCUUCUCCGAAGCAGAUAAAAUGAAUCUUAUUGAUCCACACGCCUGUGACACCUUUUCUCAAUCUCCUCAAAGCCCCACCCAUCAAUCUGGACUGCAGUAUUCAUCACGGAGGAGCUCAGAAAUUUCAAGCCCUAACUCCUUGGCUUCAAUGGGCGUUUACAGCGAAAUCUCACAGCCUGCAGUGCAAUGUGGGUACCUGUACAAAACAUCAGCCAUGACAAAACUACCCAGCAACAAGAAAUGCAAAGAUGAAUUCCAAAAACAGUGGUGCUUUUUGGACAGGUCCCUUCUUUUCUAUGAAACAGACAAGAGUCCUGAACCAACUGGCAAAAUUGAAAUGAGUGAUAUUGUUUGUAUCGGAGUAACCAGACCACAGUCGAUGACCAACCCUGGCCCUAUAGACAGGUUUCGGUGCACAUUUGAAAUUUUCCUAUCGUCAGAAAAGCUCUUCCAGUUUGGUACAGACAACCCUGAAAUCCUGCAGAUGUGGACAAGCUCCAUCGCAAAGGGCUUCACUGGUGCUAGCCUGCACAGCUUGUUGAAUCGCCAGUUUGAUCGAAUUGGAAAACUACGUUAUAAAUCCAUGCGGAAUCCUGAACAAUGGCAGGAGGGCUGGUUCAUACUUAAAAAAUCCAACCUGAUAUUUUGCUCUGAAGAGGGAGGAUUGGUGGAGGAGAGCGUUCACCUAAAGAGACUCCAGGAACUCACUUUCACCGUUAUGAAUGAAGAUGGUGAGAAGAAAGAAGUUUUACGACUGGUUGACAAGGAAAGAACAUUGUAUCUUCAUGGAGUGACGCGUCUGGAUUAUUCCGUGUGGUGCAGUGAUAUUCACAGUGCAGCAGGCAGCCGAGGGAAUGCAUUGUGUGAUCAACAGCUCAGCAGAAAUGAAAUCCCCAUCAUCGUCGACAGCUGCAUCGCUUUCAUCACUCAGUAUGGGCUGCGGCAUGAGGGAAUUUACAGGAAGAAUGGAGCCAAGUCACGCAUCAAACACCUGAUGGACGAGUUUCGAAAAGAUGCCAGGAAUGUGAAGCUCCGUGCAGGGGAGCACUUCAUCGAGGAUGUCACUGAUGUUCUCAAGAGGUUUUUCAGAGAAGUUGAUGACCCAGUUUUUAUGAUGGAACUCCACUCGCAAUGGAAAGAAGCUGCAGAGAUUCCUCACAAAUCCCAGAGACUGAAGCAAUACAAAGAAAUCAUUCGUGGUCUCCCAAGAGUCAACAGAAUGACUCUUGCUGCUCUGAUUGGUCACCUAUACAGGGUUCAGAAAUGUGCAGACCUGAACCAGAUGUGUACCAAGAACCUGUCGCUGCUUUUCGCUCCCAGCUUGUUUCAGACGGAUGGGAAAGGGGAGCAGGAAGUCAGAGUGAUUGAAGACCUGAUUGAUAAUUAUGUGUCAGUGUUUGAUAUUGAUGAUGAGCAUGUGACACAGAUGGAUUUGGAAAACAGUUUAAUCAUGACAUGGAAAGAUGUUCAGCUUUCCCAGGCUGGUGAUCUGAUCAUGGAGGUAUAUGUUGAGACAAAGAUGACAGACUGUUGCAUUACACUCAAGGUAUCACCUACAAUGACAUCAGAGGAACUGACAAAUCAGGUGCUCGAUAUGAAGAACAUAUUAGCUGGAGAAAAAGACAUCUGGGUUACCUUUGAAGCCAUUGAAAAUGGUGAAUUAGAACGCCCUCUCCACCCAAAGGAAAAGGUUCUGGAACAAGCUCUCCAAUGGUGUAAACUAGCAGAGCCCAGCUCAGCCUAUCUGGUCGUGAAGAAACUCCCAGCAGGAGAAGGUGGAAAUCUUUACUCAGCAAAUAAAAGUGACACUCCAAAGUGCGGGGUCUUGAAGUGUCGAGAGGAACCACCAAAACUUUUGUCGGGAAACAAGUUCCAUGAACGGUAUUUUGUUCUACGAGAUCGUAAGCUGCUUCUUUUUAAGGAUAAAAAGAGCUCCAAGCCUGAACGGGAGUGGUCUGUCCUCUCACUGAAGGUUUACCUGGGCAUUAAGAAGAAGCUGAAAGCGCCAACAGUGCAGUGGGGAUUUACUAUAUUCUCAGAUAAGCAGCAGUGGUUCCUUUGCUGUUCAGGGCAGCCGGAGAUGUGGGAUUGGACAGCCUGUAUCCUUAGGGCUCAGCAUGAUGACCUACGACCUACGAUUCUUAGACGUCAUUCAUCAUCUGAUGUAUCCAAGCAGAAAUUUGGAACCAUGCCACUCAUUCCAAUCCAUGGGGACGACAGCAAUGCGGUCAUGCUAUCAGCAAAUCAAACACUGCGACGCCUACAUGCUCGGAGAACGCUCUCAAUGUUUUUUCCAAUGAAGAUGCAACAUGACCUGUUUGAACAACAGCAGAAAGAUGAGAACGCUAACACUGAACCUGUAUAUGAGGAAGUGCAGGAUGUUAAUGUGAUGUUAUCGAUGAACCAGGACAACACUCCAGUGGACCCCACACCAAUCCUUGUGGCACAGCUGAAGGCAAACACAGUUACAAACGCACCAGCGCAGGACAAAUUUCUGCAGGAACUGAGUUCUGUCAUUAAUAGAAAGAAUGAGCUUCAACAUGACAUUCCCAAGUUGUAAUACUUGGUGUAAAUUCCAACUAUUUGCUGAGUAAAGGAACACCACCUGACUUUUCCUUCCUGUCAUGUGAUACUGACAAUAAUGGCAACACCAUAGUCAUGAAGAUAACAAACCCAAAAUGCUGAAAUUUUUCAGUAGCAGAGAAAGUAACAAAUUCUAAUGACAGCAGAAAAGAAAACAAAAUAAAAAUGAUGUUCUUAAACAGCUAGUAUAUAAAUCUCAGGGUCUGGCUGAUCACGUGACCAUCAUUUACCAUGUUUAUUACAUUAUAUAAACUUCAUUGUGUUAAUGGUUUUAGCUGUGCUGAUCUUAAUGGCUUGGCCAUGAACCAAUAUUCUUGUUAAGUGGAGGAUACAAAAUGUUCUUUGAGGUUUGUGUGAAAGUUUUACUCCAGAUUGUCCUAAAUCAAUACACAUCCAUUUGGGAAAAUAUCUGCCCAGUGUGCUAUUGGUAAAAGUAUAGCAAGCCUCGCAAUGUCAGUUAUACAAAGUGCAGAGAAAAUCAAAGCUUUAGCAGGACACAGAUGCAGCUUUGGUGCACUUUCAAUUUACAGUCUUUCAUCCUUUUCUUAACAGUUCAACUUCUAUUUAUUGGAUUCCUUUUGUGCUUGGCACUGUGUUCAUGAAGCUGGUUCAAAGCACAUUUUUUGGCCCUUACAGUGGGAACUUUAGCAGUUUCCAUUCAGAUGCCUACAUAACAAUUGGGCUUCUAGUAAAUUGUUUUCAGGAGAAAAAAGGAAAUAUCCAAAAAGAACAAUGUACACACCCUUUUAAUGACCUGUUUAUUCAGUUUCCAGAAUCCAUAGUUAACUUUUCCUUUCUCCUGACAGCAGCAAGAUUGUCAUAAAUGAAACUGUGAUCUAAUAUUCUUUUCUCUACCCAUUCCCCAUCAUAACAUACAUCUACUACCUGGUGUAAAAGCUGCCCAAAAAUAUCACAAUGAAGCGUCUUUUGGAGAAAGAACCUUAAUUCCCCAAUAGGACAACCUGAGAAGAACCUUUGGACUGCUGUGCUAGUGACAGUUCCGUUCCCAACACCAUCCGUCAUUCCUGACUCCUUCAAAUAAUCUUGUCAAGUUACUUUUCACAUUGGAAAAUAUAGGAGAGAAUAUCAUUGUAUUUGUGCAAAGCACCAAGAGGAUUCAUUGGGUGGGAUUUUCUGGCCCCUCCCACCGAAGUCAAUGGAGAAUUAGAUGACUCGCUGCAGCUGGGCUGGAAAACCCAGCCUUGGAGUUGGAGUAAGAUAUGUCAAGAAAUAAUGGUUAGAUGAGGCUGACCUUAGGUUUUAGAAGCCCAGAGAUAGAAUGAUGGGAAAUAUGGAGCUGUAUUGUUUUGAAAUACUGUAAAACAAUGAGUUGGAGUAGGAGGGAGUGCAAAGAAUCUUGAUUUAAACAGAUACUGAAGCAAACGUAAAAAUGGACCACGCCUGUGAGAGAUGAUGCUAAAUCUUAUGUCUAAUGCUACACUAACCACAUAACAAGAAUGUUGAAUUUUUUUUAGCUACGGUGUUUUCUAUUCUAGCCUAUUUUCAUCAUUUUUGACCAGUUUCUGUGACAAACAUGCCAGAUUUUACCUCUCCGUCACCUAUGCGUGUAGCUUGGCCCCAAUCAGCUUCUGUCUUAGCUGUUGAGGGAGAACAGGAGAAGGAUUAGAAUGUAUUAGGCUGCGUUAUACAUUCCCCUGUUGGCAGGUUUGAAGAUGGGAUGGUACAUAAAGUCCAGUGAGCACUGUGCCCACCGCCUAACCUUCCAUCACAGCCCACAAUUAAACGGGACAGCCCACUCACCCUUGAGCCCUUAAGCAGCAAAUUAAUUGUCAUUUAAAGAUGGAGGAAGCUAAUCACUGGGCCAAUCAGAAGCACCCUUCUGCCCCCACCCUUUAACCCACCCCCUCCUGGCAUCUCAAACCUGGCCUCCAGCUCCCUCACUGGGACCUGACAACAUUGCCCCAGCGACACCAGACACUGCACUUACUUGAGCUCUUCAGUGAGGUAUGGUCUGUAAUCCCAGCAGCGGCCACCACUCCGGCUGAUGCUGCAGGGACUACAGAGUUUUCAUCAGCAGGACUGGCAACAUGAAACAUCGAGAGAGAAAUAGGGUUAAUUUUUCAGGUUCAGUUCUGAUUAACGGUCACCUGAAACACUAGGCCAGAUUUUCACCUCCCAACUGAGGUGUGAAUCGGGCCAUAAAAUGCUGAACUUAGUUUUUAUGCUGACAAUACAAUUUUCCUCUGCUUUCCAGAUCUCCAAGCCAUGUUCUUGUGGUUUUUUUGGCAACAGGGGGAGGCCUUUGACGCAAAACGUGCAUACAUGUCUUCUGAGGUCAGUGUCCUCAUUUUGAGGAGCACAGGAAAAUUCUAUUUCCUCUCGCAAACCAUUUUCAUUUGCUGUUGUGGAUUUUUAGAACUUUUAAAAAGGAUCUCUCCUCAUUCGAGGUGUGACCACUUCUGCCAGAUCAGGAAAGUAUGGUAUUGGAGUGGAGCAACUUUCUUCCAGUGUUUUUCUCAGCUUUUAAAACUGCAAAGUCUGCUUGCCAGCCCAGGGAUUCUCUGCCAGAAAGGGAGAAGUGCAUGAAGGAGUUUCUACAGGCUACACCCAGCACAGUUGUAGACCUGCCAUCAACAGACAGCAUUGCAGCCUCAGCGCCUUCAGCUGUCAGGGCCCCCCUUUUAUAAAUAUUCAUUUUGACAUGGGUACAACCUUCAAUACAGAGUGCAGCAGCCUGAAACACCUUGUUCACGACGUGUACAGGACCACAUGGAACUAGGACGCCUUCAUUACCAGAAACGUUCUGAUGUCAUGGCACUUCACGUGAUGAGAACUUUCCAUGAUUACGAAGGCUGACCUGGAAGACAGAGGAGGGAGUUUGAGAUGAAUGGAAAGGGCAUUGAAAAUGUCCUGCAAGUAAACACAAAUGAGGAUUGAUGAAGGUCUGUUGGAUGCAGUGCCCAAUUGGCGGAUGAGACAUUAAAAGACAUUUGACUGUAUGGAAAGUCCAAUAUUAUGUAAAUAUAUUAUAAAUAGUUUACAUUUUGCCCAGAUAAAGGUUUCUGGUUCACUUUA